AUGUUUUUCCUCUACAACAUGGAGCGCAGGGUCACCCUGCAUCCAUCGUACUUUGGCCGCAACAUGCACGAGCUUGUGACGAGCAAGCUGCUCAAGGACGUCGAGGGGACUUGCGCCGGAAGCUACUACAUCAUCUCCAUCAUGGAUACGUUCGAUAUUUCCGAGGGGCGCAUUCUUCCUGGAACCGGCCUGGCCGAGUUUACCGUUGGAUACCGUGCUGUCGUUUGGCGGCCAUUCAAGGGGGAGACGGUGGACGCCGUUGUCUACUCCAUCAACCCACAGGGCUUCUUCGCCCAAGCUGGGCCUUUGCGCCUCUUCGUAUCGGCCCAUUUGAUCCCCGGUGAUAUCAAGUGGGAUCCCAAUGCCACCCCCCCUCAAUUCACUAAUAACGAAGACACUGUCAUCGAGCCAGGGACUCACGUCCGCGUCAAGAUCAUCGGUACAAGAACCGAGGUCGGAGAAAUGUGGGCUAUCGGUAGUAUCAAGGAGGAUUACCUUGGGUGUCUUCAGGGUUGA